AAAUGACCUAAUUUUAAGUAUUAGAUUUUUUGGCCUACAAGUAGUUGUACUGACAUUUCAUUAUUUAGAUCGUAAUUAAUGCACACACCAAAUAAAUUUGCUUUAUGACCAAGCACAAGUACAAUGAUGCAAUGCAACAAACAAUAGCUCCUUCCCGACGUUAAAUUUAACUCCAAAACUGUAUUAUUUGUGAGUUACAAUUGCAAUGAGUUAUCCUUCGAUAAAAUUCCGAUUCGCGCUAUUCCUCUCAUUUUCUCUGACGUCGUCAUCAUCCUUGCCACCGUUACCUGUUUCUUCGAAGCGUUACGCUCCCUCGUCUUCUUCCACUUCCAAAGCGACUCCUUCUGAUUUGUUGUCUCUAUUGGGUUCCAAACACCAUUCCUCAGGUGUGAAUCCCGUGGUAGCACGUGAGCUCAACUCAUGCUUCAAAUUUCUCGUUCCUUUCUCUCCAGUGGAGCAGCCUCCUCAUCGAAAGUUGGGAUUCGUCCGGUCCAAGCACACCGGCCCAAGUUGGAGACAGCAGAACGAGCUUAUUUGGUGGCCGCCGGAGGCCGUUUUGGAGCUUGCGCGUCUCGCUGUCGAUUCUGGCGGCGACCCCGGCGCUGUUCAUCGCCUUCUCGACCCAACCAUUAUCCCGGUACCUGAUUGUGAAGGAUCAAAAGAAGAACGGUGUGAGCUCACUAGAACUCCCUAUGGCAGACGUUUCAUUUGUGAGGAACUGAACCUGUAUCUGCAGUUUUUGUUUGAACUCAUUGCUGAUCGAGGUCCUUCUGUUGGGUUGGAUGUUACCUUGAACCGGUUUGAUCUGUUCCAUGGUCACCUUUUUCUUGCGAAAGACACUGGAAGACUUGGUAUCUUAUUCCAUGCAAAGGAAUACCCAUCAUAUGAUAAGCAAGUGUUUCCGUACAACAUGGGUUUUUGUCAGAGAGGGUCCAAUGUGACAUAUGGAGAUUCAAUGAAUCUGAGAAAUAUUCUCUGGCUGGCUCCAAAUCCUGGUGAUUCUGAUGAAUCUUGGGUGGCACCGGGUGUUCUGGUAGUGCUGGAUGCUAGUCCUGAAGGAGUCAUAUACAGAGAUCUAAUACCUGAUUAUGUAAAAUUUGCAAGGACUAUAUAUGAAGGUUCAGAUGAUCUUGGGCAUGUUGCCGUUGAUGUGAACUACUUGAAUGUUGGAUCUGAAACCAGAAAUUAUCAAAUAUUCAUAUGUUGAUGUUGUGAUCGAGAUUCAUAACUAUGACGUACUGUCUCAUCCCAACGACAAACCAGCUUGUAUAAAUGAAGAUUGCCGAAGCUUAAAGCGAAUAAUGUGUUUCAUUUGCAGUGAAGAUAUUGCAUAACAUAUUUCUUCCAAAAUGAUAGGUCACCUGAUAGCUAUGUCAGGUAAUGUAUAUGCUCGUGUAAUUUUUGUGGGCUAUCUAAUAAUAUUAAACAAUUCUAUGCCAUUAUAACCCAAAUUCCGUAUCAUGAUUAGUGCCAUGAACGUUGACUUGAGCUCUUGCACUUCCUAAUUGAUUUUGCAUAGUCACUCAGCAAUCAUGAAUGAUAUUUUUUUGUCAGACCAAGUUUAUUGUUUUUAAGAGUAGGAGUCAAAAGGAAAAAUGUACAUAACUACAGUGAAAAACAAUUGAUUAUAUUUGAAAUUGGGUUUCCACUUUUAGCAAGAAA